AUGCCGGCUACUCGAGACCCCUUACAAAGCCCCAAGUUCAAGAGUGAAGAUACAUACGUGGGCAAAAGGGACUCCCAGAAAGCUCCCUACACCAGCCCAACCCAUAUCAUCCAGCAGCAGGAUCCUUGGAGCCGGCUCCAUGCAACUACCACACUUGCCAGUAUCAGGCGGGAUAUAUAUUUCUAUGACCCAGAGAUCCCCUUGGAUGACUUGGAUUUCCGAAUAACAUCCUUGUACAACCACCAUACUGGAUUGUUUCAGGAUAAGGCACAGGCGCUAGUCCAUCAGGAGAGCAUUAAUGAUACCCAUGGAGCUAUCAAACUUCAGUACCCAGAUGAGAUCCUGCCUCCUCCUCCCCCACCUCCCAUUACUACUCGAGCAAUGAUGAGACACUGGGUCAGCCCCAAGAAGGAGUCAAUCCACAGUGUCCAAGGGACCAUAGUGGCCCCUCACAACGCAGCCACCAAUGGUGGCUUCUCCCGCAAGAACGACGGUGGCUUCUUCUCCACCUAG